CAUUAGUCGCCUUUUACGACAAGCGUAGUUACCUUUUACGGCAAGCAUGGGUUGUUGAAGACCUAUUCUUCCCCGGAAUCUUCACGGCAUAUGCCUCUGUUCACCCAGCAGUGAAUGAGUACCCUGUUAGAAGAGAUUGUAAUGUGAUUGUUAACAUCAAAGGCAGCUUGGUUGUAUAAUCCUUGGGAGCUGAGAAUUAAAUCGAGGGCACACUGAUUCAUUGAUCGGGGUUAUAAUGGUUUAAUGCUUUUGAGCAUGCCCCUAAGUGGCGGAUAGAAAUAGCGCAUUCUACCAUGAAUUAGGAAUUAGGCUAUAAAAUCUCAAUAAACCCCCUCUGAUUGAAACAGCUGGUUUGACGGCCGCAUCACCGCGGAAGCUAAUAAUCAUAGAAUAGUACCUACAAUUAUAGGUUACAAAAUGCAAGUUUGCGGUUAUUACAAUAUUCAAAGGAUGUGUGGCAAUACAUUUCGUGCCGAAAACACGCUAGAAAUCAACAAAGAGAACCAACCAAAUCACAAAGCUACAGUGCAUUUAAUAUGUUGUAUAAAACCAAGACAACUAUUAAUCAUGUUUUUUACAUCUCCAGACGCCAGGCUGUUGAGCAUGUCAAUAAUUAAAGUAAAGGACAGAGCGGGGGUAAGUUUGUUACUUCGACAAGUUGGAGAUGUGCGAAUACCUCCGGCAUAUUCGGAGGAGGUGCUUCGAGAGGUUCCGAAACUGGCCCUGAGAGAAGAUGACAUUAUUCUUCUAGGCUGGAUGAGAUCAGGCACACACUGGACAUAUGAAAUGAUCUGCAUGCUUAUCAACAAUAACACUGAAACCAUACGAAAGAAAAAAGAAGAGGACAUGAUUGAAUUUGUACCUCACAGCACACUGGAUAACACACCUUCUCCGCGAGUUUUAAACACCCACUUACUCUUCCACCAAAUGCCCGAAGACCUGAAAACUGAGAAAAUUAAAGUAGUGUUUUUACUAAGAGAUCCUCGAGAUGCCAUUGUUUCAUGGCAUAGAAUGCAGACCCUGCUUCCACACUAUGAGUACAAGGGGGCGUGGAAAGACUGGUUUCCUCUGUGUAUUUAUGGCGAAUUGGACUGGGGAAGUUGGUUUGACUAUGUGAGAGACUGGGAGCGUGAACUGCCCAAACACCCCAACCUGGAUGUCUAUUUCUGGUAUUACGAAGACAUGAAAAAAAAUCCAGUGGACGAGUUGCGCAAGCUAGCUGAGUUUCUCUGCAUUCGGGUAAAUGAAGACCUUCUACGUGCGGUAGUCGACAAGUGUCACCUGGAGAGAAUGCGGAAGGACAAACUUCCAUACGAGUGGCUCAUGGGUGGCAAAAACAGUCACUAUCACAAGGGUUCAGUGGGUGGUUGGAAGGAAGUGUUCACGGUCAAACAGUAUGAAGAAUUUGAGAAUGUAUAUAGACAGAAGAUGGCUGGGUCGAUAUUUGAAGACAGAUACAAAGGCUCAGUCCAAGUGCUUUGAGUCACCAAACGUAGCGUUGAGUGUUCAUAACAUUAUUAGAUAUCUGUGAGACAACGGAAAGUGUAUUUUACAAAAUGCCAUUGUAUGUUCAGCAUCAUUCAGAUUAGACGGACCCUUAUCUUUGAACGGAACGUGGGAAGCGGAUGAUAAAUUUUUCCUGUUAAAAUGAAAAUAAACUU